UUUUUGCAAACUUUUUUAUACACUGUGCAUUCACCACCAACAACCCGAUUUUUUUACCUUUUCGAUUUCCAACUCUAAAAAUGGCUGACUGGAGAAACGUCGGAAACUGGCACUGGAAGGAGAGAAACUGCCUCGAGUGGGCCAAGAAGUAUCUCGAGGACAAGCUCACAGGCAUCCAGGUGAGCAAAGACGGACUCCAUGGUGAGGUCACCUCUGUUGACUCCAUCACGGGCGACGUGGAUUUGAACAUCCGCAAAGGCCGUCUGAUCGCAAUCUAUGAUGUCGAGAUCAAGCUCUCGUGGAAGGCCACCAAGGGCGACGACGAGUUGGAGGGCAAAAUCACCAUCCCAGAGGUAGCACACGACACAGAUGAUUACGUGUAUGAUAUUACGGCUAGCAGCUCUGCCGUGGCGAAGCUGCCGCUCAAGGACUUUAUUCGCAAGCAGCUGACGCCCGAAAUCACCGCCAAGCUUGAGGGCUUCACGGAGGAUCUGAAGCAGGCCAAUGGCUCAGACAUGUAUAUCCCGGAUAAGUCUGGAGCAAGCACGCCUGUUGCUGCUGCAAAGGCAACAACUGGGGAAAAGGCUUCAGGCGAGACCAAGCAGGGCAAUGCAGUUGCAGUUGCGGCUAAUGAUGCCGUGAGCGUUGCAGUGACAAAGGAUGCCAAGUUCAGCACGCGGGUGUCGAUCUGGACGCGGGGUCCGGCCGAGAUCCAGCCCAAGGAAAACACUUCAUUCAAGCUGUUCAAUGGCCACAUUGAGGGCCAGUUCACGAAGCUUGUGCCCGCGAAGGGUAUUGAGAUGACGUGGAGGGUGGCGACGUGGCCUCAGGGGCACUUUUCAAAGGUCAAGAUCAGCAUCGAGCAGCAGUCCACGUCGACACGCCUGACACUGAAGCAGUCUGGCGUGCCGUUUAACGACGAGGAUGCGACCAAGGCCAACUGGGACAGAUACUAUUGGAACAGCAUCAAGGGAUCGUUCGGAAUGGGCAUGUAAUAAAACACAAGCGUGCUGCAUCAAAGUGCUGCUGUCGAGCUGCCGGACAUGCUGGGAAAUAUUUUUAAUAUAAAUC